AAUCACUCUUAUGCCCCGUUUUCCAAGUCCCUCCACCUUGUGCCAGCAAAGCUGUAGACCCCACAACAAAUGGCGUGUGAAAAGAUAAAUUAAAUCUCCUACAUAUCUUACAGUACUUGACCAUCUAAUUUCUUCUUGAUUAAGGCAAAUUGGUCUAUAUAGUAAUAUACAUCAUCUGAAAGUAAUGGUAAUAUUGACAAUUUGAGGUGUGAUCCUUCACUCACUGUGCUUUAAAUUCAUUAGGAACUAUGGAGCAGCCACUGUUGACAGAAGCAGGGAAUGGAGCAAGCGAAACAGGUCAAAGAGGGAGUGAGAGAUGGGGUUCGUAUGAGUAUGUGGGAAGGGCGGGCUCUGUGAUACCCACGACUUCCUUGGCUGGAUCAGAAGUCAGUGUCGAUGAGAUUCGGUCUGCUGCUUCUAUGUCAGUUCCCUACUCUCCUUCUCUCCAUGCCCCCUUAAUCAGCUCUCCUCAAUCCCAACCUCAGCCACAAUAUUAUGAGCAAGGGCUUGUUUAUCAGGGUGGGUACUAUGGAGAUGCAGGUGAAACUACCGGUGAUCUACGGAGGCAAGUGCUAGAUGAAGUAGAAGUACGAGAGUUGCUUAUAGAUCAUGUUGGCCAUCGCUGCUGUUGGGGAAGUCGUCCAGCUCGGACCUGGAAGAUUCAUGCAAUUGAAGACUGCAAUGUCUAUGUGGGGACGCUAGAAACUUUUUCGGAAGAGAGAGAGACAAUUAUUGAGAAGGAGCUGUACUCCGGUGGCAGCAUUGGCGGAAAGGACAAGGGGCCUGAAAUGGGAAUAUGGGAGCUGGAUUUAAGGUCCGAGUUUCCUGUUUUAUUUGUACCUUACAAGGAGUCAAGGCUGAGAAUUCCUCACUCAGAAACUAUUGAGAAAUGUUCAGGUUGUGAUGGUCGAGGAAAUAUAGUUUGUCCUACUUGCAAUGCAGAUCAAGAGCCAGGGUUUUACAAGGAAGGUCAAAAGGCCCAGUGUCCGACUUGCAAUGGAAGGGGUUUAAUUGCUCAUAAGGACGGAUCUGACACAAUAUGCUUGAAUUGUAAAGGUAAUGGGAAAAUUCCUUGUGCGACUUGUGAAUCUCGUGGCCUCGUUAAAUGCCAAACAUGCCAAGGUGGUGGUUCUCUUUUGACACGGAAAGUAGCUGUUGUUAGAUGGAAGACACGUUCAACCCGGAAAGUAAACGCUACAAGUGGAGCAGCUUCUGUUCCAGAUGACGUGUUUCACAGAGCAAAGGGAGUUCAGUUGUGCAAUAACCAAGCUUAUCAGUGCACACCAGCCUAUUUUGCUGAUUCGUAUUUCCUUAACAGGUUCUCUUCUGAAGUAAUUGCAGAGAGGCCUUCUAUACCUACUACUGCAAGGAUCAUAUGCGAGCGCCACACUAUUUCAGUUGUUCCGGUGACUCGCGUGACCAUGACUGAUCGUAACCGCUCCUUCAGUUUCUAUAUUAUUGGAAAUGACAGAGAGGUUUAUAUGAAAGACUACUAUCCUUCUAGGUUUUGUUGGGGCCUUUGCCCUUGCCUGGAAUGGUUGAAACUAUAAUUGAAGAACUGAAUUUGUUUUCAUCAUUGGCCUGAGUUUGUCUCGAGAGUUCAAUGGGAGUUCAAGUUGGUUUUUGUAUAGGAGAAUAUAUGAUGUGUGCUUA